UCUCCGGGGAAGCGCCCGGCGUGGCGAUGGCGGGAGCCCGGCGUGGAGCUGCGGCCCCGGGGCGGCUGGCGGCGUCGGGGAGCCCGGGACGGCCCCGGGAGCGGCGGGGGCGGCCGCCCGGGCCGCGGCCCUCGGCUCCGCGGCUGGGGCGGCGCCGCAAAGAAAAGAAGAAAGCGGAUUGCAAGCCCAAGAACCUGGAUGAACAGGAGAUCCCUUUCCGGCUCCGGGAGAUCAUGAGGAGCCGCCGGGAGAUGAAGAACCCGCUCAGCAACAAGAGGAGAAAGAAGGAGGCCCAGGUGGUCUUCAAGAAUACGUUGGAGAUGGAAGCUAAGGGAACGGAGCCUGACAUCAUUGUCCCCAAGUUCAAGCAGAUGAAGGGGGAAUCAGAUGGUGCCUACAUCCAGCGCAUGGAACAGGAGACCCAGCAUGUACUGUUCCUUAGCAAGAACCAGGCUGACCGGCAGCCAGAGGAGAAGGCAGCUCCGAAGAAGGAGAAGUCUGAGCGGAAAAAAGCGUUCCAGAGGCGGCGACUGGAUAAAGCCCGGCAGAAAAAGGAGGCAAAAGCUGUGGAGAGACUGGAGCAGGAAUUGCUGCAAGACACUGUGAAGUUUGGAGAAGUGGUUCUGCAGCCCCCGGAGCUGACUGCUCAGCCCAGAAAGAGCCUCGGCAGAGACCAGCCUGGGAAGAAGUCACUGAUGCUGAAGAAGAUUUUGAACCCUGGCAUGUCCCAGCCUCUGGCUCCCUCACUGGCCCGGCAGCGGAUUCUGGGAGAGGAAAGGCAGCGGGCCGUGGAGGCAUACAGAGCCCUGAAGAAGCUCCAGCAACAGCAGCAGCGAUAGCAGCAGCAGGGCCACCUGCCUGGCAGCACUUGCCGGAGAAAGCCUGGAACCAUUGUGCUAGACAGACCUGAGGGCUGCCUGGGAGCUGCUGGACAGGCCGGCACUCCAGCUGUCCGCACUGGAGCAUCUCCAGGUCUUCCCUUCCUCUUCUCCCCUAAUGACUGUCCUAAUGACUGGCCACAGGCAGGUCUUGUGCCUUAUUUUUGUCGGUUGUUGGGCUUGAACUCAGGGCGCUGUCCCUG